AGUGACUUUUAAAUCUUCCUCCUGUCCCUGUUAUCUGAUUUGCAGGAACCCAAGGCUUAAGCAACCAUGUCCAGCUUCGGCGAGGCAGAGCUCUUGCACACAUUUAAGGGGAUUCCCUUUACCAUCAGGUCUUCUCCAGAACUUUUAAAAUCCUUGGAUGCUUUUGAUGCUAGAGAUGAUGAUGUCCUUUUGGUUUCCUAUCCCAAAUCUGGCACUCACUGGCUGGCAGGAGUUAUAACAAAGCUUUACACGACUCAAGUCACAGUAACAUCUCCCAUUGAAUUUGGAGACAUUUCCCGACUGGAGGAGCUGAAUAAACUUUCAUCAAAGAGAAUCAUCCCAACACACUUAGACUACAACAUGUUACCUCCAAACUUUAAGAAUAAGAAAUGCAAGAUGAUCUACAUCAGCAGAAACCCAAAAGACACUGCAGUUUCCAUGUUUCAUUACUACAGAGAUAACCCCAACCUUCCUACUGUAGACACCUGGACUGCUUUCUUUGAUCUGUUUGUAAAAGGCAAUGUUGUCUGUGGAUCCUGGUUUGAUCAUUUCCUAAGCUGGGCAGAACACGAAGAUGAAACAAACAUCCUCUUUCUGUUCUAUGAAGACAUGAAGAAGGAUCUCCCUAAGGUUGUAAAGGAAAUUACUUUGUUCUUGAAUUUGAACGUCAGUGACAAUGACAUCCAAGACAUCUGCAAGAAGUCCUCAUUCUCAGAGAUGAAGAAUGACACGGAAAAGGAGAACAGUGAUCCCAGUCACACCGUGUGUGCUCUGACAUCCAACAGGAAGCUGAUUUUCCGAAAAGGUGCUGUUGGUGAUUGGAAGAACUACUUCACUCCAAAGCAGAAUAUUAGGUUUCAGGAGAUAUUUAAUGAGAAAAUGAAACUCAACAAGAUGGCAGACAGUUUCAUCUAUGAAUUCUGAGUCCACGUGAAGAACAAUAUCCACUUAUCAAAAAACAUGCACAGACCAAUUGGUGGGAAGUUCUGAAUGGGUGCUCCCAUCAGUUUAUAAUGCUUCCAAUUGGAAGGAUUGUAAACAUGGGGGGUUUAGAACAGGAAAGUUCUGACACAGUGCCAGAGCUGAACUCAGUUCUCUGAGGGCAGGUGUACACGGUUCCACAGAGUCAGGUGUCAGACCUAUUGUCUGACGGCCAAAUCUACAUCAUCAUUUAUUUAUUUUCUUUGCUCCAAGGGGAUGUGAAUAGACUUCAUAAACGUGAAUUAGGAAUUGUACCCAAGACAAUAUGAAGAGAAAAACAAAAACAAACUUGCAAGAAAUUGAAUAUAUUUAAGAAAUCUAAAAACACAUCAUAAGAAAAUGACCAAAAUUUUGACCCCAGACUUGCUCCUUCUGUGAUGCAGCAUGAUUUGGAUGUGCCUAUCUUAUUGGACAUUGUUAUUGAUAAUUAAGUUGAAAACUGCAACAUUUGAAGAUCUGAAGUCUGUUCACAAAUUGUUUUUUCUUUUUUUUUUUUUUAACCGUUUAAAUUUCUUUGAUGUAACUUAUUUCUGGAUUAGGUACCAGAGAGUCUUUGUGUUUUAAAUGCAACUGAUACAAAUCCAAAUAAAUUUCAGCACCACAUGUUGGGCAACUGUAAAUGUGUUUAUUUUCCUUUUGAUUUUCUACCUGAAAAAUGCCUGCUUCCAGUGUUUUGAUAGGAACUAUUUUACUUCCCGCUCCCUGAGCAAGGGAACCAAACCACAACUCAGAGACAGCUUAAUCCAAACAGCACUUACUUAUUUACUCUGCCCUGAUAAAACAGAUUUUCCAAGAAUCAGCUGUCUGUGUCCACAUCCUAGGGACUGUUCUACUCAACCACACAGAUCCAAGGCACAGUUCCUGUGUGUGAGGGAAGCUCCUCCUCUGGGUGUGUUGUUUUUGAGGUACAGCCUUGUUUCAUCAACCCUAAUCUCCCUCCAGCCACACACUUCACACUUGCCAGGCAGCCCUUUCAUUUCAUAUCUGCUUUGUGCAAGCUGGCAUCAACACCUGCAUGAAAACACAGAAUUUAUGGUAUUGAGGAGAGGGGGAGAAAAGGCUGUGUGCAGUCUUUUGCCAUUUACCAAUUCAACACAACCUGAGUGAGAUGAUGAUAACCAUUUGCUUUGUUACUUUGCUCUUCUGACAUUAAAAUUACUCACUCUUCCUCCAAAAUGCCACUGUUGCCCUCCUUUCAGGUGUCAUUCUUCUACUAAUAAAACGUGGCAAGAGAUCAGCUAAUGAAAAUGAACAUUUUACUUAGAGACUUAUUUUUUUCUGGCCCUGAGGAAAUGAGGUUUGUGAGCGAGUUUAGCUGCACUGACUGCUGUAAGCAGCAUUUGCACCACACAUUGUAUGCACACACAAAAAGGAUCAUUUACAUCAACUUCAUACAACAUGGAACUGUGUGUGAAGGGCCAGGAUGAGGAUUUGCCUUGUGGCUCAAGGUGAGCUUGGUAAACUACUUAAACCUAUCCAUCAGCCAGGGAGGUAACACUGUGCUCAAAGUACAGUCGGUUUCCUAGCUGCUUCAGGGGCAUGAGGAAUUAAUCAGUUUACAGCACGGCCUACUGGCUAAAUUAAGGAUUUACCUAGAUUAACAACAACAACAAAAAACCAAAAAGGCUCAGUAGGUGAAUGAAACAGAGCUAGGCCAUGUGUCUCUGUGCUAUCCAAGCUCUGACACCAAUGUCAGCAGCCGAAUUGCAGCAGCCCAGGCUCGAGUUCCCUUGCUCCUCAGCACAGGCCGCAGUACACAGGCAAGGCACAGGUCCAGUUUGCUCUCCACAUUGCCAUGCACUGCCUGCAGCUUCACCCCAAAG